UCUGUACCGCUCCCCACUCGUCUUCCCCAAAUCCGCCAUGGCCUCUGUUUGCAUCUCAAACUGCAUCAACGACGCUCGCCUCCCCGUCCCCGUCCGGCCGACCUACAGAAACCUCUACAACUGGCCGGAAUCCGACGCCGAGUUCAUCCGAUCCGUCAGCUCCAAAGUAAAUCGAGCGUCGCGAGUCGUCGACAGCAUCUACUGCCGCCAGAUGUACCUCCGGAGCUACACCUUCUCCAGAGACGACGACGACGUGCCGGAGAAGACGAACAAGUGCUUCGCCAAACUCGGAAUGAGACAGAAAAAACUUUCUCGCCGGAGAAAGAAGAAGGCGGCGGAGGACGGCGACGACGCCGAGAAGAUCAGGAAAUGCUCCGCGCUGAAGAAGGCGAAGGAGCUAUCGUGCGCCGCCUUCACGUCCGUCUUCCGCCGGUUGCUAUCGUGCACCGCCAAAGUCGAUGUGGCCGAUAAUGUGCGAGAGUUCCCUUAGCAAUUUUAGUUUUCGUCUUUUUUUUUUUCCUUUUCUGGUUCGCUUUUUGCUUCUCAAUGAAAUCCAAGGUGUACGGACAAAUAUAUGUAAAUUAGAGAGUAUUUUUUUAUUUAUAAUUUCCAUGUUGAAAAAAAUAUAUAUACAUAUAUGAAGGAUCAGCUGCAAUAACGAUAUAAUGUAAAUUUGGAUCAUAUUUUCCUUUAAAUCACAU